UUACAAAAGGCGUUACCACGUUGAGAUUGUCGGUCCUAAGGUCAAGGUUGAGUUCAACAGGAACAGUGAAUUGCUGUUUAUUAAGCAACCAGUUGGCUUUGCAUCAUGUCUAAAGAACAAUUUGAAAUAAAACACACAUAUUACUUCGAUGCUGACGAGUUUGAGCGUAGUAUCGUGCUCACAGACGACGAAAUUGGACAUGGGUACGGUGCCGCCAAGCCACACGACGAGGCUAAGAAGCCAUCACCAUGCCUCUCCAAGUUCGCGAGCUUUUUGAAUGCUUAUAUUCUGCCGAUAGGCCUUUUGGUUUUCGUAACUUUUGGAGCCCUUGUUCCCCAGCCAGGUGUCGCAAUAGCUUGCCAAGGGACAAAUUACUUUUGCGUUAUUGGCAUAUUCUUUUACAGUGGUCUGUUCUUGAGGACUGAGGAAAUGAAGGCAGCCAUUAAGGCCUAUCGAGCUUCAAUUUGGGGUGCUAUUUCUAUAUUAUUCAUAACAUCAUUAAUCGGCUCGCAAUUAACAGUAUUGCUGACAUUUGACGAACCAAGUAUAUUUCACAACAGCACAAAGGAAGGUGGGCCGGACAAUGCUCUUUUUGGCUCAAGCGAAUUCAAAACUGGCUUUCAGUUGUUUUUCAUUGUCCCCUGCACAAUAUCAAGUGGAGUUUUAAUGGUCAACCAACUUGGUGGUAAUUAUGCCUUGGCUGUGCUGUUGACUGUUGUGUGUAACGUGGUUGGUAUUUUUACAGUGCCUCCUAUGCUGAGCUGGCUUCUUGCGUCAAAAACAGAAGUCAAACUGGACAUUGUGGCCAUGUUGGUAAAAAUGCUACUCACCCUUCUCCUUCCACUGCUGGUGGGCAAGGCUUUGCAGUACAUCAAGCCGUUUUAUGCGUUUUGCAAGAAGAUCAAGCCCGUACUGCGCAUCAUUAGUAUCUUCCUUUUGAUUUGUCUUGCAUUCAUGAAGAUCAGUCAGGCAAGCGAUGCAGGAAGUCUUGACAAGGUGUCUGCUGUCAAUAUUGUUUUAUUCAUAUGCUGGUCGUGGACUGUCCACUCGGUUUAUCUUAUUCUAAAUGGCCUAGCGAGCUUUGUUUUACGACUUGGCGUGGAAGAGGCAAAAUGUAUUGUUAUUCUCGCAAGUCAAAAGUCUGUGGCUAUCGGUAUUGCAAUUGUCGGCUACCUUCCUGCCGAAUUCGGAGACCAGGGAUUGAUGGCAAUACCUUUGGUUUUGUCGCAUUUGUCCAUGAUUCUCUUCGACGCAUGCGUAAUCUCGAUUUGGUUGAAGAUCAGUCCUAUGGAAGAGGAGGAAGAUGAAGAAAAGCCGCUUCUCAAACAUGCAAUAAUUUCUGGUUACACAGAACCGGAUGGGUCCAUAAAUCCAGCUUUUCAAGAGGAUGAAGAUCCUCAACCAAAAGUGUAAACAUUUUUUAAGAAUUUUCCAGAAUUGUGAGGAACAACUCUUUGGAAUAUAACUGUUUAGGCCCAUUAGCUUAUUGCAAUGUGAUUUUUGGAAUUCAAUAAAACACAGUGAUUACUUUUUCGAUCUUGACUUUUGCUAUUGUAUUUGUUGCUGGUGUGAUGCUUUUGGAGAACUAUAUUCUCCUUUAUAUUUUAUACUUGCAGAAGGAUUGACAUCAGUGCUACACCCUGCCUUUCAAAUUGACUGACUCCUAUUUGUAAUUUAAUUGUAGCCAGUCAGGCCUCAACAAGUGCAGGGCUCAACAAUGAGAAAUUUUAGCAUGUGAUGGUUGAAUAUUAAGAAAAACGAGUGAAGAGUCGUUCAAAUCGAGUAAAGGUAGCAGGAUGUUGUCCCUGGAAUGUUAAAAUUUAUUGGUGACAUAAAGUCAACCAAAAAUGGCAGAUUUUGUGUUUAUUGUAAAGUAUUCUUCUGUUUUUUAGUUGGUUAGUUAGUUUUAGAGAUUAAGCUACUUUAAAUUGGGAUUACCAUGUUUAUACUGCCAUUUCAUGUUUGUAUCCCAUGACAGUAUCUUGUCAAUGCAUGUCAAGGCGUUGCGGCGAUCAAUAUAUUGGAAGAGCAAGGUGGGAAAUCAACAACAGGGACCAGAAUGGCCAGUGUACAAUCACUGCCAAAAUUACUUGGAACACCUAACACUUUGGGCUGUGCUUUUCUAUUUUUCAUUUGUUUUCUUGAAUACUACCACUUCCGCCCCCCUUUCCCCCCAAAACAAUGUUGAAAGUAUAGAAAAAUAUCAAACAAUCCACAAGAAAAAGCGUACUCCAUAACCCCUCUCUUUUUACUAAAGUAAAUCAACAUUGUUCCUAGGGGGAGAGGGGGAUGGCUGAAUUUGCCUUUGAAAACCUACGUUAGUGUUCCAACACUUUUGGCAGUGAUUGUAGGUUGGAAGUUGUUUAUCAAGACAAUUGUUUCGAGCAUGUCACUAUCAGGUUUUUACUAACCAGGAAGAUUCUAGAAAUUAUUUGCAUGAAAUAUUAAGGAAGAUAAGAAGUAUCAAAUUUGAUUAGACUUUUCGAUUUUACUGUUUAGGUUAAAGGUGUAGUGUUUUCAGGAUUUAUCAAACUAAUUCUAGGAAUGAAAUGUCUUGUCACUGCUUCACAAUGUCGUUUGUCUGAUUUAAAUGAAUGCUGAACAUUGCAAUGCUAUAUUGUAUAAUCUGACUUUUAAUCAUAACAUUCUUGUCAUAAUAUUAUGUGAAUAAUAGCUAGGUCUACUUUCUAAUACGUAUAUUUUAGAAUGUUUCUAUUUUUGCAA